CGAAUUUCUUUGUAAUCGUAUGCAUUUUUGGGUAUAAAUAAUGCAAAGCAUGUACGUGUAUAUAGGCGGCAUGGCCACCACUUUAAUUGAUUCCACACAGCAGUACAGCCACACAGCCGGGCGCCCCCCCCCUCCUCUAAGGAAGCUGGCAGUGUGAAUUGGGUGUAGCUGUGUGUAACUGCGCCCUGGCCAAUGGAACCAGAUCCUCCCUGCAGUGCGUAAGAGCGCGCUUUAGGAUUUAACCAAGUCUUUCCUGCGCGUCUGGCUGCAGUCUUCACCAGAGCCCGACGACCUGAGACUAUUUCCACAAUGCCAGUAUAGUUUCCACUUGGGAGCCAGUCUGUGUCGUUUUUUAACUGAUUGAAAUAUUUGUUUUUUUUGGAGAAAAAAAAACCCUUCACUCUUGAAGUAUGACUGGAGUAUUUGACCGGAGAAUUCCGAGUGUUAAACCAGCAGAUUUCCAGAAUUCUUUCCAGCUUUCUACCAUGCACCAUCCCUCUCAGGAAUCCCCUACUUUACCCGAGUCCACCGCCACGGAUUCUGGCUACUACAGUCCCGCCGCUGGAGUCUCUCACGGCUACUGCUCGCCCACUUCCACCUCGUACGGAAAGCCCCUCAAUGCGUACCAGUACCAGUAUCCGACAGUAAAUGGAUCCGCUGGAAGUUUUUCGACCAAAUCUUACACAGAUUACAGCUCAUACACUACCCCAGCCUACCACCAGUAUGCUGGGUCCUACAGCAGACCUCAACCGAGCCCACAAGAAAAGGAGAUUGCGGAGCCUGAGGUGAGGAUGGUCAACGGGAAGCCGAAAAAAGUGCGAAAACCCCGGACUAUCUACUCCAGUUUCCAGCUGGCCGCGCUGCAGAGACGCUUCCAGAACACCCAGUACCUGGCUCUGCCGGAGAGAGCCGAGCUGGCUGCCUCACUGGGUCUCACGCAAACACAGGUGAAAAUCUGGUUCCAGAACAGGAGAUCUAAAAUGAAGAAGAUCAUGAAAAACGGCGAGCUUCCACCGGAGCACAGCCCGAGCUCCAGCGACCCCAUGGCGUGCAACUCCCCGCAGUCCCCGACCGUUUGGGACACACACGGGCCCUCCAGGCCUCACAGCCUGCAGCCCCAAAACAUCAACACGUCGGCCUCAAAUUUUUUGGAAAGCUCGGGGUCGUGGUACACCACCUCAGCCGGCAGCUCAGUGGCUUCCCACUUGCAGACCCCAAGCUCGAUACAACACUCAUUGGCUCUCGGAGCGGGGACGUUAUAUUGAAAAAAAAAAUCUGUUGUUCAUUUCUUUUUUUAAAAAAAAAAACAACCUUCUAUGGGACUCGUGUUGACAUUUCAGGGGAAUAUGCAAUGUAUUUGACAGUCAUAGAAGAAACGUGUAAAAUGUGUAAAUGUGUGCAUGUAAUUUAUUGCAUUUUGGAAGACUAUUAAACGUUUAAAUGGACAA